AUGGCCGCUCUUCGAGCACCCCGUAAUAUCGAGGACGCUGCGAAGGCCAAGAUUCUGCUCCUACGAUCCCGGGCAGCAGAGGCCGCUGUAUGGGUGCUGGCAGACCCGAACUUUCUUGAGGACGCCUGCCGCUUGCUGAUAGGUUUGAUCCUGCUGGAGUUCCUCGCAAAGCUGUACGUGGGUCAGCAGGCCGCGCUGCACGAGGACGUGGUCAACAUCCGGGGGUUCUUCUACUCCCUCGUCCUCCACAUCGACACCUCGGCCCCCGCCCAGGCUCUCGUGCGAGAGAUCAGCGGCGGCGCGCGAGAGCUCCCCGACGGUCUCGUCGCGCUGUUCCACCGGUACCGGACGCGCAUCCCUCCCCUGCCGGGGCUCUGGCGAUCCACGAUGCUCCAGAAGAUCUCGGCGGAGGAGGCGCACCCCCCGGACUUGGAGGGGGACGAUCUCGAGGCGAACGAAGACGACCACGACCUCAACCCGGCCUCGCGUGGAGGGACCAGGGAGGGAGAGCCCUCUCUGCCGGACCGCAUCCGCGCACACCUUACCGUCGCCCUGAUGGCGAUGCCCCCGCUGUUCAAGGCGGUGGCCGGGGGCAGGCGCGUCGGCGCGCCGGGCUCUUGCGAGCAGCCCGUGGGCACGGUGCUCGUGCUGGACGGGCUCGUGCUCAUGUGCGCCGUCUUCGGCGGGGGCUGCUUCCGGAUCAACCGGCACCGGUUCAGCAUCUUGGCCGGGACUUGGCUGUUCCCGACCCUUUUGUUGGCCUUCCUGCUGCACCUCGGGCUGGUGGCGGGGCUGCUGGUGUCGCUCGCCCGGGUGGACUCGGUCGAGGCCGGCGGCGGGCAGGGCAAGGACGACGGCAAGGUGACCUGCAGCUCCGGCACCUUUGCGUGGGGGGUUAUGUUUCUCGUCCUGGACCUGCUCCUUCUCGUCGCCCCUCCGGUGUGGUGGUGCGCGCGGUGCUACGACAGGGCGACAAGGUCGGUGCCGGCAGUCGCUGCUACCAGCGUGCUCGUUGUUCCCGACGAGAGGCCCGCUACGGACGCGAAGCCUGUGGCCAGCGUCGGCGGGGACGACGAUGCGGACCAAGCAAUAUAA